AUGCUAAAAGAACGAUUUCCAAAUCUAGCCGGUGAUGAAUCCGCACGGGAUGCUCAGGAUACUUUGGCAUCGUUUCAACCGCUUAUCAAUAGUCAAUGUAGUGAACAAUUGCGGUUCUUCCUGUGCUCCGUCUACUUCCCAAUGUGCAAUGAAAAGAUUCCACAACCCAUAGGUCCAUGUCGGCCGCUUUGCGAGUCUGUAAGGGACAAAUGUUUGCCACUUUUGAAGGAUUUUGGUUUUUCAUGGCCAACGCAAAUCGACUGCAACAAGUUUAUUUUAGUUAGUACAAACAAAAUCUCGAUUCAUAGAUUACUAUUAGAUAUGUUUGCUUGUUUACAAUGGAACUUUUCUCUAGAAAACAAUAAUGAGGAUAUGUGUAUGCGAGGACCAAAUGAGGAAGGUGUAAUCGCCAAGACUCCAGAAGAAGAGAAAGAAGAAUGUCCACCUGAACAUAUCUAUGUAAAUCGAAGUGGGCGGUGCAUACCCAUCUGCGCUGCUGGACAAGGGAUCAAGCAGGUGGGCAAAGUUCAGACUGAUCGAGAAUCCGCCUCCACAGCACUUUUUGUUUUGUCAAUCAUUAGUCUGGUAGUCACAGCUAUAUGUGUCUUAACAUUUGUUAUGAGACGCCAUUGCCUUACUGCUUUGCCGGAGACGAGUUUACUGUGGACAGCACUUUCGUUCGCGUUAAGUUCUAUCGUCUACCUCUUCAGUUUACUAUAUCGCGAACAAAUUUCAUGCACCGAUUAUUCUUCCCAUCUGCUUUUCGUUGUUGGUGAUUUUCCACACACCCCA